AUGCUGCUUUUCCAGGGUGACGUCAUGCUGGAGGGCUCCCUGGUGACCUGGAAGCGCAGCUCCUCACGCGCGGGUCGCCGCAGCGCCGGUGUGGCGAAGAACCCGUUGCGCAGCUCCACGGCGCUCCAGGCCUCGGCGGGCUCCAUUUUCAAAGGGUCUCGGAAGGACCUCAGGCGCUCCAAUAGCUUUGCUGGACAUGGGAAGUCCUCCCUGCAGUGCCCGAACCAUGCGCAGGAGCUUGCGCCGCGGGCGAAGAGCAAAGAUGAGAGGCUGGCUCCGGUUGAGGCCAAGGAUACCCAGGUGCAGGAGGUCGCCGAAAUUGCACAAGAGGAGCCCAAGGAGGAAGAACCCAAGCAAGACCAGCCAGUGGUGCACACUGCAUCGCCAUCAGAAGCACAGGCCGUGCAGUUGACCGGCUUCAUCGGCAGCAGCAGUGGAGUCCGAACGGUAUGGAGUCCAAAAAGGCCUGGAACUCUCCGGCACAGUUUCCUCAGUUUGAACGGAACCUUCACAGCAGAUGGCACGCAAGUGAACGGCAAGCAGGUGUACAGCCAGGGCGACGGGAGUCUGGAGUGCUUGUGGUACCACAACGGGGCGUGGCGUGUUGGAAAGUACAACUGGCUUGCUAGCAAGGACUUAGGUCGCUGCCACGCCUUCGUGAAGACCGAGGCGGACUUGGGCGACCUCGGCGCGGACGAGACCUGGAUGAGCUGCCUCGGACCCGCCGGCGGCGACCCGGAUGGCCAGGAGAGCAGCUUAUUUCAGCCGCAGAUGAGUGCGAAGGCUGCGAAGAUGGCACUCGACAGCAUGAUGAAGCGUGGCAACAGCAAGAAGCUGACACCCACUGCUAGCAGCAACCGCCUCACCAACAUCCUCACUGACCAGUUCCUACAGCACAACAUCGAGCCCCCACCCAUGACGCCGCCGGGGAAGAACCGGGCCCGUUCCGGGACUGGAAGCAAAGACGAGGUCGCGUCCCGUGGCGCUUCGAAGGAGGGCGGUCUGUAG